AUGUCACUCUCAUCUGAAAAGCGCGAUGAAUACUCGGGGAUCAUUGACUCGAUCCUCUCCAAGAGUGACCUCAAUACCGUCUCCGAAAAACGAAUUCGCAAGGGUCUUCAGGACGUCAUUGGCUAUGAUCUCACUCCACAAAAGGCUGAGAUCAAGCAGCUUAUUAUGGAACGGUUUGAUAUCUUCGCGGGCAACAACGGCGUUCAAGUGCCCGAAGAGACCACAGCCAGUAAUGGCCAUACACACGCCAAUACUGCCGCCGCAGUCCCUUCUCCACCACCGUCCUCGUCGCCUGUGAAACGCCAGACACAUAGUGAAGAAGCAUCUGAACCUGCUAGCGCCUCGCCGCCCCCUAAGAAGCGAAAGCCGGACACCGAUGUCGACGCCGAUGCCUUGUUCGCCGCCAAAUUACAAGCGGAAGAGAAUAUGCGGGCACGGCCUACAAGAGGCGCGAACACACGACGUGCAGCUCCUACUAAGAAGAAGAGCAAGGCCAAGACCGCUAAACGCGUCAAGGCGGAGGAUGACUCGGACAUUGAGUCGGGAUCGGACACCAAGAAGGAGGUCAAUCGAACUGGAGGCUUCCACAAACCCCUUAAUCUGUCCGCUCCUUUGUCUGCUCUCUUGGGUGGAGAGACUACUCUCUCGCGCCCACAAACUGUCAAAAAGGUAUGGCAAUAUAUCCGUGAAAAUGAGUUACAAGAUCCAAGCGAUCGACGCCAAAUUCGCUGCGACGACGCGAUGCGCGCUGUAUUUAAGCAGGACCGGGUCCAUAUGUUCACCAUGACCAAGAUCCUCAAUCAGAACUUGUAUAACCCGGAUGAAUAG